AAAGGCAUACAUAUGCCAUUAGAACCCAUGCCUGUUCAAGUCAUAUUCAUGGAGCAGAGGCGAACAAGCGGCUAAGGUUUUCUUCCUCGGAAUUACGCUAAAAACUGGGGGACAGGAGAAAUUGCACCAGUUUAUCUUGUGCAGCAGUGAUUUCUACUCAACUUCUUCGUCAACAAAGUUGGAAGCAUUGUGACUUGGGUUAAAGGCUUCUCGCAACAGCUAAUAAAAGCUAAAAGUAACUGUUCCUUUGCGAAGGAUGUCCAGUUCAAGCAAGGAUAUUUAUAUUCCAAUGUUCUCUGGAGAACAUUUUGAUCAUUGGUCAGUUAAAAUGAAAACAAUUUUGAUAUCGGAAGAUUUGUGGGAAUAUGUAGAAGACGGGUAUGAAGCACCCAACCCGACUUUGAUGCUGACUGCGGAACAGAAGCAACAAUUGAGGGAAAAUAGAAAAAAUGAUGCCAAAGCUCUUUCUAUUAUUCAACGAGGUGUUUCAUCAAGAUUCUUUCGUACAAUUCUCAAUGCAAAAACAGCUAAGGAAGCUUGGGACAAUCUACAUAAGGAAUUGCAGGUAAACUUCAAGAUGGAUGCGUCGACAAUUGCUGCCCAGAAGGUUGAUAAUUCUCCAAGGAUGGAGCCUAUGCUAAGCUCUUCUUCAACUCCUUUGAUUGAGCAUAAGGUUGAAGGCACAUCAAAGCCCAAGCCUAUGUUGAGCAGCCCUGAUAUAUAUCAUCUGGAUGAGGAAGGAAUUACCCCUCUUUUGGAGCUUCCCUUUUAUGACUUGAUGCUCUCGAAAGCUCAUGUGGGACCUACAUAUCAGAUGAGCUUUCCUCCGAGUUUGGAUUCCAAACUACCUUCUACUACAGUCCCAUCGAUCAUAAAAUGCUUUGGCAAAACAUGGGAGUUAAAAUUCUGUGGGGAUAUGACACCAAAAUGCUUUGAUUCGAGUUGGAGAAAGUUUGUGGAUGAUAACAAUCUAGUGGUUGGUGAUGCACUAAUUUUUGAGCUCCUGGAAAGCAGUUCUGUAAAAGUUAUGUUUAAAGUUCAAUUUCUAAGCUGCGCAAUUCCACCAGAACUGCAAGAACAGAUAAAUAAGAGUAGAGCUGAACGUCAAGCAAUCAUUAUCGAUGACGAGUAGGAUAUCGAAUGGUUUCUGAUUGAGAACUAUUUGUUGAAAAUUUGGAAUAUUGAAUAAGAUUUGGUGUUUCAAACUCUUUUGUCAUGUCUUUGUAGUUUUUUAUUAGCUUGAUCUCUACCAUUCAUAGUUACAAUGUUGUUCUUAUACUCCUAUAAAUUCUGUUACUUCUGGAGUAAUAUCAAUUUUGUCAUUGCA